CGUGGCCGUUCCAGGAUGUCUGCAAUCACAGAACCUCAGUGCAGCCUCCAGGAAGAUGACAUGGCAGUAGAUCCCAGCACUUCUGUGCAAGACAGAAAAUUUUUGUCAGUUUCUGCUGGCCGAACCAGGGCUAGCAGGCUGGGCUGUGUUCCAGAAGCCUCACUGCCAAGUGUAAAUGAAAACACAGAGAACCAUCUGCCUGCUGCUAGAACGAGCACUUCAGGGAGCCCAGUUCGGAGAAGAUCUAACAUUGUGAAAGAGAUGGAGAAGAUGAAAAGCAAGAGAGAAGAAAAAAGAGCUCAAAUCAGUGAAAUCAGGAUAAAACGAGCGCAGGAGUUUGACAGCAACUGUCCAAACUGGGAGUUUGCACGAAUGAUCAAGGAAUUCAGAGCAACUUUAAACUGCCAGCCAAUAUCUCUAGAUGAUCCAAUAGAAGAACAUAGGAUUUGUGUCUGUGUGAGGAAGCGCCCUCUCAAUAGGCAAGAACUUCAAAAAAAGGAGUGUGAUGUGGUUACUGUUCCGAGCAAGUGUGUCCUGAUGGUGCAUGAGCCAAAGCAGAAAGUAGACCUAACCAAAUACCUUGACACCCAAACAUUUAGAUUUGACUUUUCAUUUGAUGAAACCUCUUCUAAUGAAAUGGUAUACAGAUUCACUGCUAGACCUCUUGUAGAGACCAUCUUUGAGGGUGGGAAAGCAACAUGCUUUGCAUAUGGCCAGACAGGCAGUGGCAAGACACAUACUAUGGGUGGAGACUUCUCUGGGAAAAUACAGAAUGCCUCCAAGGGGAUAUAUGCCUUUGCCUCGCAAGAUGUCUUCCUCCUCCUAAGCCAGCCCAGGUACAGGAGUCAGAAUCUGGAAGUCUAUGUGACUUUUUUUGAAAUAUACAAUGGAAAGGUGUUUGACCUCUUGAAUAAGAAGGCCAAGCUUCGAGUCCUGGAGGAUGGCAAGCAGCAGGUCCAGGUUGUGGGUCUCCAAGAAAGACAAGUUGGCUCUGCUGAGGAUGUCAUCAGAAUGAUCACGAUCGGCAGUGCCUGCAGGACGUCUGGGCAGACUUUUGCAAAUGCGAGCUCUUCACGGUCACACGCCUGCUUCCAAAUCAUCCUGCGCCAAAGAGGACAACUGAUUGGCAAGUUUUCUCUGGUGGAUCUGGCAGGAAACGAGAGGGGUGCAGACACGUCUAGUGCUGAUCGGCAGACACGAAUGGAAGGUGCAGAAAUCAAUAAGAGCUUGCUGGCUUUGAAGGAGUGUAUCCGAGCUUUAGGGCAGAACAAAUCUCACACCCCUUUUCGGGAGAGCAAGCUGACCCAGGUGCUAAGAGACUCUUUCAUAGGAACAAACUCAAGGACCUGUAUGAUAGCAAUGAUUUCUCCAGGCAUGAAUUCGUGUGAGUACACCUUAAACACACUGAGAUACGCUGACAGAGUGAAAGAGCUCAGCCCUCAUGAUGGAGGUAGUGACAUGCAGAAUCAGAUGGAGACUGAGGAAAUGGAAACCGGUGGAGAAGGCUUGGGUCUUCAGUACAGUCUCUCCAAGGAUGAGGAGGAAGAUCUCUCUCCCCACAUGUUCAAGUAUCGUGAGGCUAUGACUCAAGUGAGGGAACGGGAGGAGAAGGCUGUAGAACAGCUUAGAGAACUGAGACAGAGAAUGACGACAAUGAUGACUGAGGUUGACUACCUCCUGGGAAUCACAGAGAAACCAGACUAUGAUCUCGAGACCUUUGUGAGCAGAGCAAAGUACUUCGUAAAGGACAGCUCAAGAAGUUUCCUCAGUGUCAAAGAAACACUGGAUGCCUUGGGGGCUGCCAUGCAACUGGAGGAGCAAGCCAGCAAGCAGAUAAGAAGGCAGAGGCCUUAGUCAUUACAGCAAAACCUGGUUCACAAGCAAUCUUUCAUGCACUUGUCUUGUCUUGCAUGUCUGUCAGUGGUUUGUGUCAGUCCUGUUUUAAAUGUUGGUAGAGUGUCUGCAGGUCACGUGUGCCCAAGCACAGUGAACACAGCAGCCUUUUUCUCCAUGGCCUGUAUCAGGGGACUCAGCAGGGUGCUAAAGUGCACUCACUGCAAGGUUUGGGGAGCAGGUCUGAGGGUCUUCAGUCUCUGCCUGAGAGAUGUCUGAUAUCUGGCUCUUUGCUAGUGACAAUGGUCUCCCCUAAUAGAACUAAAUACAGAUGUACAGUACAUGACCUUUCCAG